CCUGCUAACUACCGAGUCAAUGCAACCAUUAUAGAAACCUCACUGCAAACUUCACUAGGACGUUGCUUCAUCCAGGAGACGACGCCGUUUCGGCUGCUGCUGCACUACGCAUCUGAUCGAGCUGUUCUGCUUCAGGUCUCAUCUUCAUCUCUCUUAUGGCGCCUAAGUUUUCAAAUGAGGUUGUUCUUGAGCAGCUGAAGCAUGGAUUUGCUCAUUUUGAAAUCGUCUCCUCCCCCGUUCUCUCUAUUUCAACUUCCAUUUAUUCUCCGGCGAAACCCGUGGUGUUCUUCGGAGACUAUAGUCGUCACCGCUUCUUUGCUAAAACUGAACCCCUGCUAGGCAGAGGAUCUCCUGCGGCCAUAAGGGAAGCUGAAACCUAUACGGUUCAGAGAGUUGCUCCCGAUGGACAAUGUCUGUUUCGUGCAGUGGUAAAAGGAAUGGCAGCAAAUGAUGGGUCUACUCUUUCCCAAAGGGAAGAGAAAAAACGUUUAGAGGAGCUACGGAGGGCUGUGAAAGAUUUCACAUGUAGUGAGUAUGAGAAACAACAUCCCCAGUAUGAAGCAGUCCGGAAGGCAAUUGUUGGAAAGUUCGACCGUUACUGCGAGCGUAUCACAAAACCUAAUUUCUGGGGAGGAAAGUCGGAGCUGCUGGCGCUGUCGCAGGUGUAUAAGCUCCCAAUCAUUGUGUAUAUACCAGCGCCCAAGCACCCAAAUGGUGGAGGGGGUUCUGGUUUCAUUCCUUUUCAAAAAUAUGGAACUGAGUUUGGUGAAGCUUGGGGAGGCAGAAAGACUGUGAGGCUCUUGUUAAGUGGCAGCAACCAUUAUGAUCUGCUUGUAUGAGAGACUGAGAGGGAGAGAUGCAAUAAACUUAGAAGUUCUA